AUGGCUUUCCCGCAGAUCACCUUCCCCAGCCUCGGCCACAACCACCGCCAAACCGCCCAAAGCAUCGAAGACUUCGAGGCCCAAAUGGCCGCCGCGCGGACCCUCCUCCCCGACGACGAAAGGGGAUUCGUCGACCCCCCGGGACCGCCGCCGCCCGCGUACAGCAAGAAUGACAGCGGCAACGGCGCCAUCGACGCGGCGCCAGCAGCCCCUCCUUCUUCUUCUUUUUCCUCCUCCUCAGCACCGUCGUCCUCGCAGCCGCAGCAGCAGUCGCAGCCGCAGCCGCUUCAGUCCUCGCCACCCAAUGACCAGCCCCCCCUCCGCGCUGGCCGCGCCUGGUCCAGCGAAUCCGUCGCCGCGUUCAACAACCUCUGCCUGAAGAACGCCGUCGCGAACACGUUCGACUACGAGCAGUGCAGGCCGAUGCCGCCGGGGUGGGCGGUGCGGUUGACUUUUAGUUUCUACAGCGGGGUUCUCGGUGGGAAAGAGGAUGGUGGUGAGGACGGUGCCUUCGUGGUUGAGUUGCCCGGACCGUAUGGGACGAAGAAGGAGGCCAAGGCGGCGGCGGCGGAGAGGGGGCUGGCGGUUUUGACCGAGGCGUUGGAGAGGAGGAAGGCUGCGGGGGUGGGGGCGGGGGCGGGGAAGAGGAAGCAGACGGGUGAGGAUGGGGCGAAUAAAGACGGAGAGGAGGACGGGAUGGAGGUGGAUGAGGAAGAGGUGUUGGAGAAUUGGGUUGGGUUGCUAGGAGGUGGGUUGUUCUUUUUCCCUUACCCCGUUGACGCUUUUUCGUUCUCUCACUCUCUCACUCUUCUCCCUGCGUUUGGUAAUGGCCGAGAAUACUGCCAAGCCGAGAACAAGCCGCGCCCAAAGUUCCAAGAGUUCAGCUUGGGCGCCAACUACUCGAUGGAGUGCAUCAUGCCGGCCGAGGAAGGGCGCGGCGAAGACGAGCCGUUCGGCGGCCGCAACGUGCUCUUCAACAGCAAGAAGGCGGCCAAGACCAACGCCGCGCGCGAGGCGGUCCACUGGCUGCGCCAGACCGGCCGCAUGCCCAAGACCGGCCACCCCACCAAGAAGAAGAUGAAAGCCGCCGCCAUGGCAACAGCUGGUGCCGGCAUGCCCGCCUCCGCGUCCGGCAGUAAUGCUUCUGCUGCUGCUGCUGCGGGCCCGCCCCUGACGCCGAUGCCUAUCGGCGGCAACAACAACAAUAACAACAAAAACGUCGGCGGUACGGGCAGCGGCUCCGAGAGCGACAGCGGCGGCAACAGCAGUAGCAGCUCGGGCGGUCCGCCGGGCAUGAAGGACUUCACUCCGGGCGAGCAGGUCAUGAGUGAGUCCCCUCUUUUCCCUUUUCCCUUACCUUCCCCCCCUUCUGUCUCUCUUUCUCUCUAUCUCCUUCCCACAACCACACCACCACCACCACCACUCCCCCUCCCCUCCCCCCAAAACAAAAAACAACCGCCGUCCCACCCACCUACUCACAACACCCCACUCACUCACCCCCAACGCAACGCAGACCUCUGCUCCCGCCUCGGCUGCGCCCAGCCCAUUUACAAAAUCACGCCCGACCCGCGCGUCCCGUCCAUGUGGUCCGGCGCCGCGUAUUUCCCGCACGACCCGGCCAUCGUCGGCGGUGGGGGUCAGCAGCAAUCCAUCGGCGAAGUCAAGAACAUCUACGGCAAGAAGAAGGCGCGCUACGAGGUGGCCAAGAAGGUCUUGAAGCACCUGAAGGCCAUGCAGGCGGAGAGGCAGAAGGUCGUCGAGGGCGUGUUGGGGACGGGGGCGGGGGUUGGGGCUGGGGCUGGGGCGGCGGCGGGCCCUUAG